GGCUCGGCUCGGUCCGGCUUCACGCCUCUCUUUCUUUUCUUAAACAGCGGGAGCUGCGGCAUGGACUAAUUCUUGCUGAUUUCCUUUUUUUUUUUUUUUUUUUUUUGUCAAUGCAAGACCCGCAGAGGAAACAUGUCUGGCCAGUUCCCUGAGAGGACCCCCGUUGUCAGAGAUGGCAUUCUGGUCCGGCACUGUCGCCUCUAAAGUGCCCCGGAAGAUCUUGUUCAUGUUCACCCUCUCCCUGUCCGUCACCUACUUGUUCUACAGCUUGAUGAGCUGCUACAACUCGCUGCAGUUCCCGCUGCAGGACAACUUCCCCUACCAGGCUCGGUCGGCCGGGACCGAAGAGACGACGCUGGGGAGGGACCAACUUUACUCCAGCUCGCCGGGCUUCGUCGAAGCCCAUUCGGGCCGCAGGAGCACGCCGGUCUCCGUCGUGGAGUCGGAGGAAGACCAGAAGGAGGGCGGGUAUCAUGCCACCCAGCGGGUGUCCUCCACCGAGCCGACCCGCCUCCGGGUGGCCACAGAGGGUGACCUGCGGGUGAACUGCACCUCGGAUUACGGCGAGAAGAAACUCCCCCAAGCCAUUAUCAUCGGGGUGAAGAAAGGGGGCACGCGAGCCCUGCUGGAGGCGCUCAGGGUACACCCGGACGUUCGAGCCGUCGGGAACGAGCCGCACUUCUUCGACAGGAACUACGAGAAGGGUCUGGACUGGUACAGGGACUUGAUGCCUUCAACGCUGGAGGGGCAGAUCACCAUGGAGAAGACCCCCAGUUACUUUGUGACCAACCAAGCCCCCAAGCGCAUCCACACUAUGGCCAGGGACAUCAAGCUCAUUAUCGUGGUGCGUAAUCCCGUCACCAGAGCCAUAUCGGACUACACUCAGACUCUGUCCAAGAAGCCCGAGAUCCCGACCUUCGAGGUUCUUGCCUUCAAAAACCGAACCCUGGGUCUUAUAGACGCCUCGUGGAGCGCUUUACGCAUCGGAAUAUACGCACUGCACCUGGAGAGCUGGAUGCAGUACUUCCCGCUUUCCCAAAUGCACUUUGUCAGCGGCGAAAGACUCAUCGUGGACCCUGCAGGCGAGAUGGCCAAAGUCCAGGACUUCUUGGGCCUCAAGAGAAUCGUCACGGACAAACACUUUUACUUCAACAAGACGAAAGGCUUCCCUUGUCUGAAGAAGCCCGAGGACAGCAGCACUCCCCGGUGCCUGGGCAAGUCCAAAGGAAGAACUCACCCCAAAAUAGAGCCGGAUGUGAUCCGGCGGCUGCACAAAUUCUACAGGCCCUUUAACAUGAUGUUCUACCAAAUGACGGGGCAGAACUUUGAAUGGGAGCAGCAGGAGGAGAGCAUAUCUCGGGGCUCUCUGGUCUAGCAGGACCAGCCACCACCAGCCUUCUCUGAACUCGUCAAAACAAAAACAAAAAAACAAUUAGGUUCUGUUCCGUCUUCAGACGACACGCUUGGACACAAUCAUGGCACUGUCCAUUUGCGCUAGCUCUCUCACUCUCUCUCUCUCUUGCCCCCCCCCUCACGCCCUUUCGCCUUUCAUAUCUACUGUAAUGCUGAUGAUGGAAA